UAUGGAUGUCGAACAUCUUCCUUUUUAACAAUGGUUCUCCCAAGAUCUCUGAUGUGAUCGUGCAUCCAAAAUCGGUUGUUUUUCUCGAGUUUCAUCAAAGAUCUAUGAAUAAGAGUGUCGAUUUCACUUUCUGGAUAAAAAUCGCACCCACUCCACAUGUAGUAAGGUAAAUCUUUCGGGUGACCAAUAAAAAAACAUGCGAUGUCAAGAAAGAUUUGUUUUUCAUUGUGCGACAAGUCAUUGUAGCUAAUCUUCAAUCUCUCUUGCAACACAUUUUCAGUAGUAGAAGCAAUGCCUCUAUAUUCUUUCAACUUUUCUUCCCAAAAUUCCCUCCCUCUAUGAAACAAAAGUGACCCUAUCACCUUGAUAGCUAAAGGAAGUCCAGAAGCAACUUC